GCAGUGGUGUGAGUUCGACUACUUCCUGGCGUCUCGAGAGUAGCCCGGGCUCUGCUGACGUUGAAGGUUAAAAGCUUCAAGUUUCAGUCUUGAGUGUGCAGGUUUUCUGUCGUUAAAUUGGGAUGCAGUCAGCGGGAAAACUCAUGAAGGUUUUCAUAACGAGGCGCAUCCCGCAAGAGGGGAUGAAGAUCCUGUCAGCGGCUGGAGUGUGUGAGGUGUCUCAGUGGGAUUCCGAUGAGCCUGUGCCGAGGGCAGACCUUCUCAAAGGUAUUCAGGGGGCUCACGGUCUUCUGUGCCUGCUGUCGGACAAGAUCGAUGCUGAGGUCCUGGAGGCUGCAGGGCCGAACUUGAAAGUGAUCAGCACGCUGUCUGUAGGAUUUGACCACCUAGCCAUCGAUGAGAUCAAAAAACGUGGUAUUCGUGUUGGAUACACCCCGGAUGUCCUGACUGAUGCCACAGCGGAGCUGACUGUGGCUCUGCUGCUGGCCACCGCUCGGAGAUUACCAGAGGGAGUGGAGGAGGUGAAAAAUGGUGGCUGGAGCUCAUGGAAACCUCUCUGGCUGUGUGGUUACGGUCUUUCUGGCAGCACUGUAGGAGUCAUUGGACUGGGACGCAUAGGCAUGGCCAUAGCUCAGAGACUCAUGCCAUUCGGAGUAAAGAGACUUCUGUACUCUGGGAGAACAGCCAAGCCGCACGCUGCUGAAGUGAACGGAGAGUUUGUUCCCCUGGACACACUUGUGUCUGAGAGCGACUUCAUUGUUGUUUCCUGCUCCCUGACACCAGAAACCCAGGGCAUGUGCGACAAGAGUUUCUUCAGCAAGAUGAAACCCACCGCAGUCUUCAUCAAUACAAGCAGGGGGGCUGUGGUGAACCAGGAGCAUCUAUAUGAGGCACUGAGCAGUGGACAGAUAGCCGCAGCUGGACUGGAUGUCACAACACCUGAGCCACUUCCAACAAACCACCAGCUUCUCACGCUCAAAAACUGCGUGGUGUUACCUCACAUUGGCAGUGCCACCUACUCCACGAGAGGCGUCAUGUCGGCGUUGGCAGCGCGAAACCUGCUGGGUGGUCUGCAGGGCACAGACAUGCCCAGUGAACUCACCCUCUAAGAGCCUCAAAGUGAGCCGCUGUGCCUCUUCUGCUGACAGCAGAAAACAAUAAUGAAGUGAUGUGGAUGAAAAGAACAGUAAGAAUGUAGUUCAGUCACGGUCGGGUACAUGAUCAGUGUUUGCUUCAUAGUUUCACUUUAAUCUGUCAUUUUUGACACUGAAACCACUUGUUAUAUUCAAUGUGCAUUUUUGAGGAAGGAAAUGAUCAGUGCAGUUUUGUGAAAUAUUUUGAAGUACUUUAAAAAUGGCCUAAAUAACAAACCAUCGGUCCUCGUUAACCCUAAAACUUCUCAAAAUAGUUGAUGGUACACCCUUUGGUGCCCCUGGACACAUCAUCAGUGAUGUAACCUGGGGUCGUUGGGGGUUUCGGGUCUUUCAACAAUCAGACCCCCUCUCCCAGGCGACCCAGCCAGGGUUGAUCAAGCCCCAGCUUGUGUCCAGGUAGCGCUACCCUACAUGCCAUGCCUCUCCUCUCUUGAUCCAAAUAAACUAUAAUGUAUUCUUAAAACUCAUUUCCCCAUUUUAAAAUGCAAUAUUUACCAUGAUGAACUUCCUUAUCUGCACUUUCUCUGCUAAUACUUCAUGUCUCCCGUUACUGAAACAGCACAACACUCCAGUUUUUGUAAUGAAAUAUGAUUUUUCUGAAGAAUAAAAAGCUAACUUUCAUGCACAAAAGUGUGUAAUUUUGUAUUACCUCAUGU